AUGGUCUCGAUCAACAGGCUUCCUUGCUUGCUCCCUGACGCACCCAAGGACCACCAUGUUGGCAGCCCUCCCACGGCGUUCAGGAACCCGUGGCCUUCGCACGAUCCCGGCCACCACAGCAUCGCAUAUCUUUUGAAGGUGCGCUUUGGCAGUGGUCGCCCGGCAUUUGCACCGGUUCCUGCCAACCGUGAAGAGCUCGUCCCCGUCCGGAAGGUCGACUUCUCGAACACAGACCCCGGGUUCAAGGUGACUUGGAUCGGACAUGCCAGCUUUCUUAUGCAGACAUCUAAGCCGGAGGGCGCCACGCGAGGCAUCAAUAUCCUGUGUGAUCCGGUCUUCUCGGAACGGACAUCCCCCGUGUCCUGGUUCGGGCCCAAGCGAUACACGCCCACCCCUUGCACUUUGUCGAAGCUGCUGGAUGCCGUCGAGGUCGACAUCGUCGUCAUCAGUCACAACCACUACGACCAUGCAGAUGCGGAGUCGCUGAAAACAAUAUGGGCCAGGAGAGAGUCUAAAGUCCAUUUCCUGGUUGGCCUGCACAACUCACGCUGGCUGACCGCAUUGGGUAUCGACCAGUCUUCCAUCACGGAGCUCGACUGGUGGGACGGCGUUGACGUGCAGAUCGAGAAAGUCGGCAAGGUCCAAAUCACGUGUACCCCGACCCAGCACUUCUCAUCGCGCAGCAUAUGGGAUCGAGAUCAUGAUCUAUGGUGCUCCUACGCCAUCCACGAUCUGCAGGGAUCACGCAAACACGUCUACUUCGCGGGAGAUACAGCAUAUCGAUCGAUCCACGCCAACGAUCUGUCGCGAGAGGAAGAGGACGCUCGGCCCGUCUGCCCGACGUUCAAACAGGUGGGCGAGCUGUUGGGACCGUUUGAUCUGGCGCUGCUACCAAUUGGAUUGUGCUCACCGAGGAACUUCAUGUCCAAUGUACAUGCCAACUCGUGGGACUCAAUCCGGAUCCAUCAGGACGUGCGGAGCAAGAAAUCAAUCGGCAUGCAUUGGGGGACGGUUCGUGGAGGUCUCUCACAAUACUAUGAGGACGUUCGGACACCGGCAAAGCACUGGAAGAUGGCCGCGGAGGAGGCGGGGUUGAAAUGGGGCGACGAGAUAGGGUUGGUCGACAUUGGAGAGACUCUGGUAGUGGCUUGA